AUGACGAGUUCGCCGAAACGGUCGAUGUCUCCUUUGUUUGAGGAGGAAAUAUACAGCGCAUCUCCAGCUCCCCAGCGACGACGUCAGAAUGGAGCGCAACCCUCAAUUUCUCCCUCCCCAGCAACAUCAACCUCAUCCGAUAAAGAGAAUCGAUCUUCCCGCCCAACCGUAAACAAAGGCGAAGGUCGUGUAGCAAUGGCAUCGCCACGGGGGCAGUCCCCAUCAAGCGAGCGAAAUAAGAGGAAGCGGACUACAACCAUGGAACGCGACGGUUUGGCUGAUCGUGACCGAAGUACUCGGCGACGAACCGUGGAACCUGCAGAACCCGAAUCCGAAGACGAUUAUGAUCCUGACCAGCCUAUCGAAGAGAGAAGAGGCCUGAGACAGGAUUACAGGCAUUUGGCAAAAGACUUCUCAGAAAGACGUUCAGAAAUGUUGAUUCCUGGAAACCAUGGCUUGCGGGAUACGAUGUUAAGAGCGAACCAGUUGACGAGCCGAGUCAAACAAACUGCGGAUGCGACGAUAGAUGCGCGACUCCUUGUUAGCACGGCCGAUUUAUCCUACAAAAAAACGCUUGCGCUCACUUCGGGCGAAAGUGCACAAGGAGUAGAUCUGGAGGUGUUUAUAUCAAAAGUGCGAGCAUACAUGCGAGCAGCUCUAGAGGAUGAGAACGCUGCGCCUAGCAAUACGCAGAGGCAGCGAGGUGGGGAAGAAGAGGAAGAGGACGACGAUAUGUUAAAUUGGGCUUAUCUCGGUCGUCAUGCUUGUAUACCAAAUAUCGCGAGACCUGCUGUACCAGGGUUCCUUCUUGGUCCGCUUUCGCUGGAAAAACGCGCAAAGCGCGUUGUUGUAAGAAAGGAGAGGCUAAGAAUCAACGACUUGAGCGAGUCUCGGCCGGAGGUGGUCUUAGCCGGCGACAUCUCAAAGUCAGAAAAUGCCAAUCUCACCUUACUGUGCCGGAAGAUCUUACGAAGAGCUGAGGAAGUCAGUAACGAAUCCAUGAAUGCAGUCGAAGAAGCACACCAGCAGGAAGAACUAUCAGAUACUGAAAUAGAAAAAUUGAUGGAUAAACAUGGCAUCAAUGCUGAUGGUGGACUUGCACUUUUCAAAUUUGUAGUAAAUCCGUUCUCAUUCGGCCAAACGGUUGAGAACAUGUUCUACACAAGCUUUCUAAUACGCGACGGAAACAUUGGGGUGACGCUUGAUGAGCGCGGCCUCCCAUAUAUAAAUAUAAUAAAGAACCAAGUUGAGGAUGAGCGGGAGCAGAGAGAUAGUGGUGCGAUGCGACAUCAGGCUGUGCUCUCGUUAGACAUGGCGAUGUGGAAAGAAAUGAUUGAAAUUUUCGAAAUCAAGGAGCCAAUGAUUCCGCACAGAAAAGAAGAGGAACACUCGUCGGUAGGAAGGACGGGUUGCCUCCCUCAAGAACUCUUUUAA